AUGGUCCCCUGUGUGGCCGCGCUGCUGCUGCUGCUGCUGCUGCUGCUGCUGUUUGUGUGGUGGGGCCGGGCGCUCCCCCGAGCUCCCACGCGGAAAGGGUUACCCCCUGGGCCCGCGCCGCUCCCAUUGCUGGGAAACUUGCUGCAGCUACAGUCUGGACGCUUGGACCGUACACUCAUGCAGCUCUCCAGCCGCUGGGGCCCAGUGUUCACCGUGUGGCUGGGCCCGCGUCCUGCAGUGGUGCUGUGCGGCUACGAGGCGCUGAGGGACGCAUUGGUACUGCAAGCAGAUGCAUUCUCCGGCCGCGGGGCCAUGGCUGUCUUCGAACGCUUCACCCACGGAAAUGGCAUAGUGUUUUCUAACGGGCCGCGCUGGCGCACGCUGCGCAACUUUGCACUUGGAAUGCUGAGGGAGCUUGGCGUGGGUACGAGGACCAUCGAGGAUCGCAUCCUGGAGGAGGCGGCGUGUAUGCUGGAUGAAUUUCAAGCCACCAUGGGAGCUCCAUUUGACCCCCGACAGCUACUGGACAAUGCUGUAUCCAAUGUCAUUUGUUCUGUGGUCUUCGGAAAGCGCUAUAACUAUGGGGACCCAGAGUUCUUGAGGCUCCUGGACCUCUUCAGUGACAACUUCCGUCUCAUGAGUUCCCGAUGGGGUGAGAUGUACAAUAUGUUUCCAUCCUUCAUGAACUGGGUCCCCGGCCCCCACCACCGAAUCUUCAAAAACUUCCAAGAGCUCAGACUCUUCAUCUUGGAGCAAAUCCAGUGGCACCGGCAGUCACGACAGACAGGGGAACCCAGGGACUUCACUGACCGUUUCCUCGACCAAAUGGAUAAGGAACAGCAGGACCCGGAAAGCCAUUUCCAGGAGGACACACUGGUGAUGACGGCACACAAUCUUUUCUUUGGUGGCACCGAGACCACAAGCACCACUCUGCGUUAUGGGCUCCUCAUUAUGCUCAAGUACCCUGAGGUGGCAGCCAAGGUACAGGAGGAGCUGGACGCCACUGUCGGGCGGGCUCAUGCCCCGAGACUGGAGGACCGUGCCCGCCUGCCCUACACCAGUGCAGUGCUGCAUGAGAUCCAGCGCUUUGUCAGCGUGCUACCACUGGGGCUGCCGCGGGCCCUCACCCGAGACGUACACCUCAGGAACCAUUUCCUGACCAAGGGCACAUUUAUCAUUCCCCUGCUUGUGUCUGCACACCGGGAUCCCACCCAAUUCAAGGACCCUGACCACUUCAACCCCACCAACUUCCUGGAUGCCCAUGGCGAAUUCCAGAACAGUGAUGCCUUCAUGCCCUUCGCCCCAGGAAAGCGCAUGUGCCUGGGUGCUGGCCUGGCCCGCUCGGAGAUCUUCCUCUUCCUCACUGCUAUCCUGCACAAGUUCUCCCUGCUCCCCGUGGGAAGUCCUGCCAACAUCAACCUUACUCCACAGUGCACUGGUCUGGGCAACGUGCCCCCGACCUUCCAGCUCCGCCUGGUGACCCGCUGAGGUGGGGCUCCACUAGUGUCAUCUCCGUGCCCUGAUCUCCUUACCUGCCCUAACUGUAGUAUAAAUCCCUUUGCAG